CCAGGGGGAAGCGCGAGCGUCAUGUCCGGUGCAGCAGGCCGUGUGUACGACCUGUGCGUGGUGGGGGCGGGGAUGAUCGGGUCGGCGGCCGCUCGGCACGCCUCCGAGAGCCCGGGCGUCCGGGUGUGUCUGGUCGGGCCCGGGGAGCCACAGGAUCGAAAGAGCCGCAUUAUUUUCGGGGCGCAUUACGAUGAGGGCCGCAUCACCCGUGCCCUUGCCUCUGACCCGACCUGGGCACUACUUGCACAGAGAUCUAUCCGCAGAUAUCGAGACUUGGAAAGAAAAACAGGGAUACAGUUCUUCAACGACGUCGGGUAUCUCGUUGUCGGGUCUCCUGACGGCGAUUACGUCAGAGACGUGCUGGAGAACGCCCGGCGUCAUGACGUCACGGUCCGGGUGCUUUCCCGCGGACAGACCAGUGAGAUGUUCCCUUAUUUGGACAUAGGGGAGGGGAUGGUGGGACUGCUCGAUUCCCGGAACUGUGGACACGUCUCCCCCAGGCGACUGGUGAGAGCACUGCUGACAGCAGCCCACCUGCAGGGGUGUGACGUUGUUCGUGACGUGGUUUCCUCGGUUGAACCCCCUGCCGGCUGGGCGAGACGCGCAGGCGCCAACCUGGCGGUGCGGACCGAGACGGGGGCCGUUAUACACGCCCGGAGGGUGCUGCUGGCCACGGGAGCCUUCACGACGUUCCGCCGCCUGCUGCCGCCGGGGCUGCGGCCAGACCUCAGGCUCACCGGGCAGAUAGUCUCACUGGUGGAGAUUAGCGAGAGUGACGCCGAUCGUCUGCAGCGCAUGCCCAGUUUAUAUCACAGACACCCAACAGACCAGAGGAAAUGGUACUACAUCCUGCCGCCGAUUCGCUACCCCGACGGCAAGUUUUACAUGAAGAUCGGACACAGUGCCCGCUGGGAGGCGCUGCUGCAAAGUGAGGAGCAGGUCCGAGACUGGUUCCGCUCCGGGGGCGACCCGCAGGCCAUCCGCGUCAUGACGGCCGAGCUCAUGGAACUCGUCACGGGACUUAAGCCGAUCUCUGUUCACGGCGACACAUGCGUAACAGUCAAGACGCCGACGGAACAGCUGUACGUUGCCAUGGUAACCCCGUCGCUGGGCGUAGCCCUGGGUGGCAACGGGUGGGCGGCAAAGUCAUGUGACGAAAUCGGACGAAUGGCAGCGAAGAUGAUCUUAAAGGGCCAAUGGGACCACGACCUUCCCGGGGAUCGGUUCAGAGUCAGAUGGGCUGAAAAAAUGCAACCGAAAUCUAAACUAUAACUCGUUUGCACAACCUGCAACACGAGUAGGGAAACGCUGAACUUUCUACGCGGUAAAUACAAUUGUUUGUCGGCGUAGAUUGACUUCACUAAUAGCAAAGCAGUGUUUACUCUAGUGACAAGGGUGCUGUCCCUAGUGCUGAUACAUUAUCCUUAUAUAAGGAUGUUGGUUCUAGUGACAAGGGUGCUGUCCCUAGUGCUGAUACAUUAUCCUUAUAUAAGGAUGUUGGUUCUAGUGACAAGGGUGCUGUCCCUAGUGCUGAACAUGAUAUAUCCUUUUAAUGAUUGAGCGGGCUACCCUGGCUAAA